UUUUUUUAUUAAUUUAAAAUUUGUGGUUUAUGGUAUUUUUAAAUAAAGACUGUACACUCUAUACUCUACCGAGUAAUUACUGUCGACUCCACUGAUCCCCAAGGUGUAUACAAAUUUAUUUUAAUUGGAAAAGGGUUUUGUUGCCCAUUCUUUUAAAUUCAGCCGUGACAUGACCUCUUUGAGGGAGUUGUCAUAUGAUCUAGCACUGUACCUGAAGAACAUUAUAAAAAAGAGAAAAUGGUUCACAUACACACUCUUAAACAGGCGCAUCAAACAGUUUAAGUAUAAAGGAUCUGAAGCCCUCACAAAGCCAUGUGCUGUCCACCCUGAUGGAUCUAGAUUAUCAGGGCAAGCCAUCCAAAACCGGAACCUUCUGAGAUUGUUACCUGUUUUAAUUGGUGACAAAGUCCAAAAUCAUGAAGAUGAAGUAUGGCAGUUAGCUCUUCAACUUAGACAUCGUGGAGCUUAUUUGUGCUCAGAAUAUUUCCUUGUCCCAGACAGCAUAUCUUGACAUUUUGAUCCAAGAAUAUUUGGAUUCUAGGAAGAUGUUAUUUCCUGAAAUUCCACUUAAACCCAAGCACCACUUUUUGCGCCAUUAUGAAGCACUGUUGUUGAAAUUCGGUCCAUUGAUAAGAUUGUGGACGCUUAGAUUUGAAAGUAAGCAUAGCUAUUUUAAAAGGUGUGCCAGACACUUCAAAAACAUUUGUCAAACCUUGUCAGAGGUUAUCAGGCAUAUCUUUUAGGUGGGCAAGAAUGCAGUAAAGUACUGCAUGUGAAGGACAGCUGUGCGUUUUAUCCCAACCUCUACAGUGACACUAUUAAACAUGCAGUCAGGGAGUUUCCUUUUACAGAAAGUAACACUACAGUUGCCACUGACAUUCAGUACAAGGGCACUGUAUAUAAAAAGACAGUUUCUCGUGUGCAGAAAUGAGGAGUACAUAGAGUUUGGUGAACUUCUACUCAUCUUGAUUCAAAAUAAUGCAUCUGUGUAUGUUUUGAUAGUUACCCACAAAGGCAUUUUCCUCUCAGAAUACCAUUUGUAUUCUGUGACAAAGGACAGUCUUGGGUUACAGUGUAUUAACAUUGAUAACCUACCAGAUUUCUAUCUUUUGGUAUCCUACAUCCUUGAUGGAAACCAAGUCAUUCCACUGAAGCAUAGUAUUGUGGAAAAAUAAAGUGUAAUGGCUAAUGCUUCUCACACUAAAUAUUAUACACUAACAUUACAAGUGUGAUGAGGUGCAUGUUACUGCUCAAAGCAUUACAUAUAGUUUCUUCUGUUUUGUUUGAAGGUGACGUUUCUUCUUCAGCACAAGUAUGAGUGACUCAGAGCCAACCUUCUUACAUGAUGCCAUCAUGGAAGUCCUACCAGAACUUCCAGCAGUAACCAAAAACAUCUUAGAAGAGCACAUGCAGUCCAUUGGAGUCGAGACACAUGAUGAUUUACGCUUCAUAGAGGAGGCUGAUUUGAUGACCGUAUUCAGACUUGUUCAAGCCAGAAAACUUCUUUCUGUUUGGAAACAAAAAUACUAGACUCCUGAAAACAGCUCAAUUUCGUCUGAAGCCUCACCUGACCAAUCGCUGUCAUUGAUAUCAGUUUCACCCCAAAGUUCAUCAUCCACCUCGUCCAGCAACCUACAACUUGACACACACUGGGAGGACAACUUUGAAAUUCCAUGGACUAAAUUUCCAGAGGAACUGAUGCAACCUUUGGAGAGGGGGAAAAGGCCAGGCCCAAAACUCAGGAGACAGAUGGUCCGGAUUGUUGUGACUGAGAUGAUGGAAAAAUGCCCUCACGUAGGUAAAAAGCAUUCAACCGAUGUCGCAAAAAAAAUGGUGUCAAAAUACCCCAAAUCUUUACAAGAUAUCAUAGAAGGAGACAUUGUACCCUUGUCAAACAGUUGCAAAACAGAAUUGAAAAUGUGAGACGCACUUCAACACCCAAAAUAAGAAAAAGAAAACAUGAGAGUAACUCAGACGACACAGAUGAGAUCCCAUUAGAAGAGAGAGCAGCAAUGCAGGACACUUACGGAUGCAUUAAAUGGAAUGUACAAUUCCUGCCUCAUGAAGAAACUCGAGAAAGCCAGCAGCAAAAGAUGGAAAAACUCAAGGAGAUGUUUCAACAGUCUGAUGCCAAUCCAGAGGAGGUGAAGGGUCUUAUGAAGUCCACCUUUUACACACAGCGCCAACAUGUCAACCAGGGUAAAAGUAUCAAGUGCCUCAGAGAGGACUGGCCAUUUUUGUUUGAUGAAAUUGGCAUGUCAGUCCACUUCAAGGAACUCACUGGGAUCAACCUCAAAGAGACAUUUAUAUGCAAUUUGGAUUUAAAGGGGAAAAGGCUCCUCAACUACCUGACCACUGUUUGUGUCAAGAAGAAUAAGAAGUUCCUUCAGACCUACGCAAGACUUCAGAGGAUGCGGGGACAGCAGAGUGGCUGCUCAGAGGAUGUGAAAGAGAUGGUCCUGCUUCUCCUCAGCUACUUUGAUGAGAAGGAGGAGUCCAUAUUCUUCUAUGUAGAUGAAACAAGUCUGGCAGAAGAUGUGCAACUGGAGCAGGUGUUUCUAACACCAGCCAUCAUUGUCUGUGGACAAUCAUGCUAUUCCUCAACAAGGUACAUGCUGAGUCUCUAUCAGACCCUUAUCAACACAAACAUCCCCUCCUUCAUUUCUGCAUUGUGCCUGAUGUUCGGGAGCUACUACUGUUUUAACAUCCAUUAUCCAUCUGAGCUGGCUUCAACUCUGGAAUUUCUUCAAAGGUGUUUUUUCACGAUAAAUCCAGAAAAGGGAACCAAAGUGGAGAAUAAAAACUCAAAGCGUCGUCUCAACCUGAACCCCGUGUCCUCACCCUGAUACAGGAAAUCACCGAUCACGAGUGGUGUGACACCUAAAUAAGGACUCUCUGUGGACUCUUACUGUUCAUUGAAGAGAUACUGGAAGUUUUCAUUUUGUGGACCGUUCGUAGGAUAAAAAGUACUUGAAGUUUCUGCUUUGCAGACUGUUCAUUGGAGAAAUACUGCAAGGUUUUGUUUUUUGGACUGUUUUGUUGAAGAAAAGGUACUACAAGUUGUUGCUUUGUGGACUGUUUGUUGAAGUACUGCAUUUUUUUUUUGCUUAAAAAUCUACAAUUUGUGUUACGUAAUUACGGCAGUUUGGAUAUGUUUUUUGAUUUGAAGUGUUAAGAUAACUUGUGAACAUUUUACAUUUAAUCUGCUUUCAGUUUUUUGCCUGGCACUUGAAAAUUUUGUAAAUUUAAAAUCUUUCUGAUUUAAAGAAGCUAAUCUGCAGCUUUUCAUUUUGGAUUAAGUCAUAGUCACAGAAUACAUUGGCCUACUGACUUGUUAACAACUGAGGAAAAUAAAGUUUUCAAAAAAGUGA